AUUCCUCCUCCUCCUCUUUCUCCUUCCUUAUCUCUUCCUUCUUCUCCCUAAUCCAUGGCGGCCGCCGCGAGGAUCUUCAACUCCAUAUCCAUGGCGGAGGCCCUUCUCCCCUCCCUCCCCACUGCUCCCUUCUCCUCCAAGCCCCCCUUCCCUCUCCUCCCAUUGUCUCGCUCCUCCAAGCCCUUCCCCUUCCUCCACCUCUCCCGCUCCCCUUCGCCUUUGUUCCUCAAAAAGAGCCCUCCCUUUCUCCUACUUGUCGCCAAGACCUCCGACUGGGCUCGCCAAGACGAAGAUACCGAGGUGGAUGACGGUGAGUUCGGGUACGAUGAAGCAGGGUCGGAAGCCUCUGAUGGGAUCGAGGAGUACGAGGGAGAUGAGGAGCAGACUUUGGAGGGCGGGUUAGUCGCCGAGGCAGACGGCGAGUUUGUCGAAGAGGAGAGGUAUGCCGAGCCGCCUGAGGAAGCUAAGCUCUACGUUGGCAACCUCCCUUACGAUGUGGACAGUGAGGGAUUGGCUCAGCUCUUCGAGAAGGCCGGCGUUGUCGAGGUCGCUGAGGUGAUUUACAAUCGCCAGACCGAUCAGAGUCGUGGAUUUGGGUUCGUGACAAUGAGCACUGUUGAAGAAGCAGACAAAGCAGUUGAACUGCUCCAUCGAUUUGAAAUUAAUGGCCGGCUUUUAACUGUGAACAAAGCAUCGCCCAGGGGCACUCGUGUGGAGAUAACUCCCCGUACCUUUGAUCCUUCUUCCCUUAGAAUCUACGUCGGGAAUCUGCCAUGGCAAGUUGAUGAUGCUCGUCUGGAGCAAAUAUUCAGUGAGCAUGGUAAAGUUGUGGAAGCGAGGGUGUUGUAUGAUAGAGAGUCUGGACGCUCACGUGGAUUUGGCUUUGUGAAGAUGGAAUCACAGGCCGAAAUGGAAGAUGCAAUUGCCGCACUUGAUGGGCAGAGCUUGGAUGGUCGAGCAAUACGCGUGAACGUUGCAGAGGAGAGGCCGCCACGACGUGCUUUUUGAUGUUGAAAAACUGAAUAUUAUUUGUCACAAGGAUUUUGUUUGUCGACAAUAUCUCGUUACUUGUAUGAAUUUGUUUUUGGUCGUUGAUGUUUACUUUGUAGGGUUAUGAGCCAAGAGUUUCUUUUCCUUGGCUUUUGGUGAUUUCUGUUCAGGUCUUUGAUACAUUUAAGAACUAUCUCACUUGAUGAUAUGGUACAUUUUUACUUCUUA